UGUGUUGCUUUUAUGGCAAAGUUGCAUCCUUUCAUUUUUUACUGUUUGGACAUAAAUGAAUGAAUUGACUAAAUGAAUCAUUGCCAGAUUGCUAUGAUAUGCCGUGAUGUCAGCAUUGUUAUUUACAGUAUUACCAACAUGGAGAUGGUGCACCACCUUCCUGUUCCAGCUCAUAUCUCUCCAACCACACUUAAGCCUUGUAUUGUAUUGGACUCGGGCUGUCUGCCUUCCCGGCAGACACCUGACCCGCAGGCUCCGCCCCCCACCCUUCCCUGUGACAUCAGCACUGUGAUCAGCCUCCAGCCCGUGUUCGUCCAAAGCCAUAUUUAGCUCCAGCAAGCGCUCACACACCCCGGCCAGUGCCGAGGAUACCUGCAGCGUAGACACACCUGCUCCGCUCCCGCUAACGGACUUAAGAUGAAGGCCGCGUGCACGUGAAGCGGUCCGCCUGCGGCUCCCGGUGGACAUGAGACUCACUCCCCAGAAAGCCCCGCUCUAUGGCCGCUGCGUGAUCACUGUGCAGCUCGCCCAUGAGGAGCUGGCUCUGGACGAGGAGGGCGGCGACUACUUCCUGCUGUUUGCUGGCAGCACGCAGAGGCACCUGACCAGCACCCUGCGGAGCGGCCAUGACACCUUGCAGGCGCUCUGUCCUGCUCACAACUGCUGCGAGGAGGUGUCGGUCACCCUGUGCCUGGCGUCGCCUGGCGACCCAGAGGCCUCGGAGGAUCUGAAGACGCGGCGGGCCAGUGUGGCUCCCGUGGCCAAGGAUCGCUUCGGCUUUGUUCAGGACCUGGCUUUUGACAUGGCCCAGUUCCUGGUGAGCACGGUGGGCCGGAGCGACGGGCUGGACGGGGCGCUGCUCCUGGACGAGUGUCACAUCCCCUUGCAGGAGUGCGAGCGUCUGGACGAGAGUCUGGCGCUGGCCCUCCACCACAUGGCGCUGCCUCCAGGGUGGAGCUUGCUGGGGAACAAUGCAGAUCUGGACCCCCGCGAGACCCUGCUGCAUUUUUCCGCCCGCCGGGGCCUCGUCCGCGUCACCAACUUCCUGCUGCGGCAGCCGGGAGCCGGAGAGGCCGCGCGGCUGGCCAACAGGCAAGGGCACACCCCUGCCGCCGUCGCGGCGAUACGGGGCCACGCCAGCCUCCACGAGCUCCUCGCACAGGCUGAGGCGGCCACCGAGUCGGACAAAGGGCCGGAGUGUGUCCAGCUGGUCCCGGCAGACGCCCGCGUCGCUUGUCACCUCCCCCGGCUGCGCACGCACACGCUGACGCAGAGCGUCCGGCCGGGCCGCGAUCCGCCGGCCCUUUGCCGCAGCGUGGAGCAGCUGCUUCAUUUGACAUAUCAUCUCCACACCAAGAGAGUUUCUGUGUUGGAGCUGCACGCCGACUCUCUGCACACAGCAGCUGAAUGCUGUGAGGACAUAGACGUAGAAACAAGCUGCCCCGACGCCGAAACGCUAGAAAACUCUGUCCAAUUUCGUGGAUAUGGCGUGGAGGAAGACUGGAGCGAGUCUGUGAACCCCCGGGAGCAUAGCCCCGUACCCCUGGAGGAUUGGGUGUGUCUCCAGUCUGGGAGAGAUUAUCGGCCCUCGGCGGAGGGAAGGGAACGGCCUGUUACCGCACACAACCUGAGCGUGCGUGAGAGGAGCGGAGGAGCUCAGAGUGCAGGAGAAGGGGGGAGCCCGCCUGUGGGAAGCCUUCCACCGGGAGGGUGGGGUGAGCAGGAAACAGACACAGAGGAAGGACGGGAGGCCAAAGAGGGAGAGGACGUAUCUGAGCAGGAAGCAGCAGCAGCAGAAGAAGACGUUUCUCAGGACAGACGGGAGGAGACACCUGGUGGAGGUUUAGUCAUGGGCCAGUCCUCGUCCUCUGACAGCUCUGACGCUGAAGGCGAGGAGCCUCAGCAAGAAGGUGAGGUGUUGACUCACACCUCUGAGCUUUGUGACGGCCUUUCUUUAGACGAUGAGGAAGCAGAGCGUGAAGGCUUAGCAAAGGCCUCCUUAUCAGCACAAGAGGACCUCCCACUUCUGACCGGGGUCGCCUGCGAUGACGUAACCACGGAGUCAGAUGUUCCACCUCUUGGCGACGUACAGAGUUUGGAAGAAAACCAGGAAACAGCUGCCGGGGAUUACGCUACAGAGCAGGAGCGAGACCCGGCUCAGCAAAGUCCGCAUGGAGCCACUUCUACGUUGAUAGAAACGGAACCCCUGGGAGAUGCGUCCAUGGCCUUUGCAGAGGAAACUCAGACGGGUCUGGUCAAGAGCGAGAGCUCGCCCGAGCAGACAGCCCGGCCCGAGGCCGACCCAGAUUCGGGCCUCACCCACGGCCUGUCCAGCGACGACGACGUCAGUUUCCAGUCGGUUGGAAGUUCCACAACCGACAUAUUCCACCCUACCGAGGAAAGCGCCUCCCUGGAGGAACACACCUCCACCAACGUGGAGAUGCCGCACGACAGCAGGACAUGUUGCCUGCCAUCAGACCGGGACCUGCCCGAGGAACCUGCCGGUGACGCCGACCUCAGUAGCCCCUCUGAGCUUGAGGAUCCGCCCUUGCCCAGCGUCCAAACAUCUGAGGCGCCAGAGGAGCAAAGCUCCCCAGCAGAACCGUUUGACGAGGGGGUGGGGGAAGAUCGAAAUGCCAACUGCACCGACCAGAAGGAAGAGGGGGAUGCCAUCGUGUCUGAACACGCCGUGACCGGCGCAGCACAAAAAGGAGAUGAGCCCGAUUCUUCCACGAUCCAUCGAGACACCGCCGAGGCGUCCUUCCACCAGCCCCUCAACGCUCUGCACUCAGGGUCCACGCAGGCGUCCACCUUUCCCGCUUUGUCCGGCAGGACUGUCAGUGGCGGCAACAGCUGCUCCUCCGCUGUGCACAGAGACUCGGGCAGCGAUGCCGAAAGCUUGCUGAGUGCCGAGGUGGGAUAUGACAGCGUCUUCAUCAAGAAUGACGAGCUAGUGACUGGCGGCGACAGCACCAGCGAGGUCUCCAUCUCCUGCUCCUCCACGGACGACACGGCCAGCGUGGGUCCCUCCAGCUCCAGUCCCGACGACUGCAGCCAGGGUCUGGGCAGCAGCUGGAGCCCAGAGGAGGUCAUCCCUCCGCGGGGGUGCUCCGUCUCCACGGACGGAGGUGGAGGCGGAGGCGGAGGACUGGGCAGGGAAGCCGAAGAGGAGGCCAAAGACAGAGUGACAGAGGUGCCGCGCCGUUCCUCUCUCUUCCGGAGCAGCCUCCGCUCCCUGUCGCCUCUUCGCCGCCACAGUUGGGGACCCGGAAAGAACAACGGCGCAGACGGGGCCAUGAACCAGAGGAGCUACAGCCUGGAGGGCCUAAGCGGGGGCCGAGAGGAAGUGAGGGGCCUGACAAGGCAGGGCCCCCACAUCCAGGAGCCUUCCCGGAUUCAGCGCCACGACACGGACGAGCGGGGCUCCCUGGUGUCGCUCACGGAAGAGCAGGAGGAAACGGCGGUGGUCGGCGGCCUGGAAAAGCAGAAGUCCAGGCGCUAUCGUCCCCUGAGGAACAGCUGCCCCCCCAUGAGCCUGCCCCUCACCAAGUCGGUGUCCAUGCUCGCCAUCAGCCACAGAGACAUUGAUGUGGUGGGACGUCUUCGGCGAAGGAGGCGGAUUUCCUUCUCGUUCAGUCUGUCCCCCAUCCUCACUAAAUCUAAGUCUCAGUUCCUUUACGGGGACUCUUCCACUAGUGAUGAUGAGGAUAACUACAGUAUGAGGUCGUUCUCCAGCACCUCCGGCUCAUUAGCAUACAGCAUAUCAGAGGAGGAACCUGGCCCACUGCGGAGCGACACCGAGGGGAAGGGCGUCACCAAAGUCAGCCGCACCUUCAGCUACCUCAAGAACAAGAUGUACAAGAAGACCAGGGAAAAGGAGCGAGACAAAAAGGAGAAAGAGAAAGAGAGUAAGGAGAAGGACAAGAAGGCGGUGAACGGCCAUCACUUCAACGCCAUCGGGUCCGGCCAGGCGCCGGCAUGCUCCCAGUGCUCCCAGUGCAAUAAGGCCUUGAGCAGUAAGGAGACGUACCAGUGCACAUACUGCAACGCCUGCGUGCACAAAGGCUGCAGGGAUGGCCUGCCCGUUUGCGCCAAGGUGAAGAUGAAGGUGCCCAGGCAGCAGUUCAGUGUGCCGGACUCCAACUCCUUCCCAGGAGUCACCAUGAGGAACAAAUCGGCGGGGACAAGAGAGCGUCCCUGGUCGGCCAUCCUGACACCAGAGGACCACUCCUCUCUGGCGAUGCCGCCGUCACGCAGGCACACGAGCCUCAUGCCUUUCCACGGCAACAACCUGUCCAAAAGCCUGUCCAUCAGCAACAUUGCCGGUCCGGUGUUUGACGAGAUGCCCAUCAAAGGCCUGCGCUAUCUGUCCCAGUCCACCGACUCUCUCAACAGGACCAACCAGGUCACCGAGUCCAUGGAGUCCCUCACAGACGAAGGGACGGAGAUGAUGGACGGCCAGCUGAUGGGUGAGUUUGAGGGUGACGCCAAGGACCUGGAGGCCGACUCGUGGAGUUUAGGCGUGGAACAGCAGUACCUGCAGCAGCUGGACCGCAACCUGGUUAAGAGGCAGGACGUCAUCUACGAGCUGAUGCAGACGGAGAUGCACCACAUCCGCACGCUGCGGAUCAUGUCGGAGGUGUACAGCAAGGGCCUGCAGAAGGAGGCGCAGCUGGAGCAACAGACGGUGGAGAGAUUGUUCCCGGUGCUGGACGAGCUGCUGGAGCUCCACACGCAGCACCUCGUCCGCCUCCUGGAGAGGAAGAAGGAGAGCCUGCCGGAGGGCGGCGGGCGCUCCUCGGAGGGGGGCGUCAUCGUGCACAGGAUCGGCGACAUCCUCCUCAGCCAGUUCUCGGGGUCCAACGGCGAAAGCAUGAAGCGGAUCUACGGAAGGUUCUGCAGCCGCCACAAUGAAGCCGUCAACUUCUACAAGGACCUGCUGACCAAAGACAAGCGCUUUAAGGCCUUCAUCAAAAAAAAGAUGAGCAGCAGCAUCGUGCGGCGGCUAGGCAUCCCAGAAUGCAUCUUGCUGGUGACCCAGAGGAUCACCAAAUACCCUGUGCUGAUCCAGAGGAUCCUGCAGCACACCAAAGCGGGCGAGGAGGACUAUGACGACCUGGCCGAGGCGGUGCGGCUGGUCAAGCAGGUGAUCACCGCCGUGGACACCAAGGUCAACGAGCACGACAAGCGGCGGCGCCUGAAGGACUUCCACGGCCGCACGGACAGCAAGUCCAUCAUGAUGAUGAAGAGUGGCCAGAUCUUCGCCCGCGAGGACCUCCUGCGGAGGAGGCUGAUCCACGACGGGGCACUGCAGCUGAAGAGCAGCCAGGGCCGACUUAAAGAUGUCCACGCUUUGCUCCUCUCCGAUGUCGUUGUCUUCCUCCAAGAGAAGGACCAGAAAUAUGUCUUCGCCAUGCUGGACCAGCGCUCCACCGUCAUCUCCCUGCAGAAGCUGAUCGUCCGCGAGGUCGCCAACGAAGAGCGCGGCCUCUUCCUCAUCACGGCCGGCAUCGAGAAGCCUGAGAUGAUGGAGGUGCUGGCCAGCUCCAAGGAGGAGCGCAAUACCUGGAUGCAGCUCAUCCAGGAUGCCAUGCAGUCCAUGGAGCGGGACGAGGACGAAGGGAUCCCCAGCGAGACGGAAGAUGACAAGAGACAACUGGAGAGCAAAGCCAAAGAGAUGAGAGACCUGCUGAGGCAGAAGGAUUCGGAGAUCAUGUCCCUGCUGGAGGAGAAGGUGCGCCUCUUCAGGGGCAUGUGGGAGGGCUCCAGCCCGGCCGAGGAGGCAUGCUGGCAGGCCGAGCCUUUCUUCAGGUCGCCCGGCGGCCCGGAACCCCCCAGGGGGGCAUGCAUCAUGAAGGAUGCCCUGCAGGAAGUGGAGACGCUGCAGGCCCUGGUGAACGGAAGCCUCGGCGGGGCGAUGGCCAGCGUCCAAGAUGACGGCGGUGCGGCGGGCCCGGUGUGUUUGCCCCGUCGGGCCGAGACGUUCGGUGGCUUCGAUAGCCACCUGAUGCACGGCGGCAAAAGCGCAGAGAAGGACGAGAACGAGGACGCUGCCAGAGACCUGCGCAGGACCGAGUCGGACAGCGUGUUGAAGAAGGGAGGAAACGCCAACCUGCUGCUGCUGCUGAAGAGGAACAGCGAGCAGGUCCUCCACAGCGUCUCCAACCUGCACCUCCUGCUCAGCACACUGCAGGCGGUGGUGGUGCAUCAGGACAGCUUCAUCGAAGACCAGCGCCAGGCCCUCAGCGAGCGCUCCUCGUCCUGCUCGUCUCUGUCGCGCCCGUCGUCGCGGCCCGGAUCGCUGAUCGAGCAGGAGAAGCAGCGCAGCCUGGAGAAGCGGCGGCAGGAGCUGGCCUCGCUGCACAAGCAGCAGGCGGCGCACGCCGAGGAGCGGCGGCGGAGGGAGAAGGAGUGGGAGGCCACGGAACUCCGGCUGGGGGAGAAGGAGGCGCUGCUGCGCGUGCAGGAGGAGGAGCUGAGCAAGCGGCGGAAGGAGCUGGAGGACGAGCGGCGGGAGCUGCAGAGCAGGAAGGAGGACUACCAGCGGGACCUGGAGAGGCUGCGGGACGCCCAGAGGAAGCUGGACAAGGACAGGGAGGCGGUGCAGAGGCAGCUGGAGAAGAUGGAGGAGCUCCGGCGGUCUGAGAGGACGCCCUCCACCACGUCCGAAGAGUCCCAGUUGGCGGGCAGCUCCCAGUCCCUGGAACUGGAUCCUCUGGACGUCUCCUCUUCCUCGUCCUCCUCGUCCUCCCAGCGCGCCAAGCCCAAAGUGCGAGGCCUCAACCCCUUCACCUCGUCCUCGUCCAACCUGAAGGCGGGCGAGCCCAACAACCAGCUGUCCAAGAGCCUCCUGCAGCUCACCAAGAACAAGAGGAAGAAGAAGGUGAAAGGUCAGGCUGCAGAGCGUCUCCCGGACGCGCCGCUUGACGGAGAGAUCUUCUUCUGCUGAGAGACGAAGAAGAUGGUGUCCUAGCUAGCCUGUGGUGACGUAGAGCUCCGUAGCCCGCACGGGAAGUGCCACUUCCUUGCCAGCAAAACAACCUUUCCCCAAGCCACAUUUGGUUUGGGUUUUUAAAGAUGAGGAAGCGUUUCCACACACACACACACGCACACACACGCACCCCCUCUCAGCCACACUCGGCAGACGGAACAUCAACACGCAGCAUGUGGCGCCCGAGCCGACAGGCAGUUUCACCUGCGCUUCAAGGAAGGAUGGCAGACCCAAAUCGCUUUGGAGAAAAUAAGAAGCGAGAGGAACAUUUGAAGUCCAAACGGGGUCGCGUGGUUUUGAUCGGACAGGAAGGCGCUGUCGGCCAUCUUUGAUGACCGCUCCACGGACAUUUUUGUCUUUCCUGUGGCCUGUCGGCAUCUUUGCACGGCUGAAUGUGAUCAUUUCAGUGAUGAUUUCCUUUUACUCAUACGCUACGCGUUGAGGGGGGCCACUGACUUUGUCCUAAUUGACGUAUUUGCACGUCCUAAUCCUUCACAUUUUUGGUAUCUUCGUUUGAAAUGUUGAAGGGUAUUUUCUCACUCACCUGAAGAUACAAACCUUGCAAAAAGAAGUUGGGAAGAUCCCCCUUUUUCCUGGCACGAGGAUAUGGCUACCUGCGGGGCAGGUAAAACAGCCCCCCCUGCUGGUGGAUUCCAGAACGACGCCUACUUGGGUUUUUUUCUGCACCACCAGAGGGUGCUGUGCCCGCACAAACCAACGUCACUUCCUGCAUGACAGGCAAAAGCAGCUUUAAAGUGGAAGGAAAAGGGGCGGAGCCAACACUUCCUCCUACUCCUCCUACUAAAGGGACAAUCAGCUGAUGAUGCAAGGAAACGGACGGCGCCUAGCCUUGUCGCUAGCCUUGUUGCUAGCCUUGUCGCUAGCCUUGUCGCUAGCCUUGUUGCUAGCCUUGUCGCUAGCCUUGUUGCUAGCCUUGUUGCUAGCCUUGUCGCUAGCCUUGUCGCUAGCCUUGUUGCUAGCCUUGUUGCUAGCCUUGUCGCUAGCCUUGUCGCUAGCCUUGUAGCUAGCCGGCGGCCAAAUGCACUAAAAAGCUUUUCUAACUGAAGGACGCGUUUGUACGAAGAAAAUAGAAAUGUAAAUAUGAUUUAUGUAUAAAACAAAUCACAUGUACAAAAAACAAAGUUACUUUUUGUGAUUUAUUACAAUAUUUUCUAAGAAUGUUUUAUUUAUGUUUUAUUCGCUCUCUGACUGAGUGGGGGCGGGGGGUGGUAAACAUGUAAAGUGAUGUUUCUCUCCUAAU